CACGCAUCCGCGCGUGAGAUCAUCUUCUUGACCUCGCAUCGUCAGGUCCGCCACCAUUCAUCGUGACUCUUUCACAGUCUGACAAGGUCCCGGCCAACCUAUCAAGAAUACCUAGAGCCACCCUCUCCUCCUAGCCUGCGUUGUCGCGACAGGUUGUGCGUGGCGAUUGUCCUCAAGACCGUACAGUAAGUAACAGUGAACGUGACCAUGUGCACCGCCUUCUUCUUUGCAUCCAGCAGCUUUAUGCACCAUAGCGCGAUGGAUUCACUCGGAUGGCGAAGACAGAAUGUCUUGUCCCCUAGCCGAUUUUCCUCUGGACCAUCUCUCACCAAUGGUGGACAGACUCCCGGCUCGGACCACAUCUCUUUUUUCCUGGUGCAACUUUGUCACAACUGCACUGCGAUCGAUUGUGGCUGUGUGUUCUCGUCGCCAGAUCCUAUCUUUUUCGCAGUCGCACUUUCAUAAGCAACCAUGUCUGCCUGCCAAGCCUGCAACGAGCCACUCUUGCUCGAGGUGGAAGCCGAGGAUGGCUCCGAAGCAACACAGCAGGUGCCCGACGAUCUCGAGCUGCCUUGCAAAUGCCACUUUCACUGGCAGUGUUUUCUCGACGAGUCGCCUGAAGUUGCCUUGAGUCUUAAGUGUCCGUCCUGCGGUGCCCAACUUGCCGCCAACGCCGCUGGGCCUUCAGUUACCAACCAGUUCCUGUCCGCGAAUGUUGGUGCCAAGAUUUUGACACGCUAUGUCAACGAGGGCGGUGUGCAAGAAGACCUCGAUAUUCUGCCGUCCGUCACAGAAGAGGCCUAUCUGGCCGCCAAUCCUGCUGCGGCUCCAGCUCGCGCCUACCAUGUCAUGUGCGGUGAAGGUGAUGUCGGUGGUAUCAUCGAUUUGCUGCGGGAAGCGGAUCAGGCUACUGGCGAGGAAGGCAGCUUGACUGCCGCUCAACUCAUUCGAUACCAGGAUCCACUGAAUGACAACCAAUCUGGACUCCACGUUGCUGUACAAAAAGGCCAAGACGAGGUCGUCUGGGCGCUACUUUGGCUGGCCUCCAGUCUCUCGGCCCAUGCGAUCCCAGAGGUCGUGUCACAGUCCGCACAAGCUAUGGGUCUCGAGCGGCCUCAGGUGUCACAUGCAGAGGACAUUCGUGCCCUUGAGGACAACCAAGGCCGGACAGCCGAGGCCAUUGCGGCGCAGAUGGGAGGGAUCUGGACAACCUUGGUCGAGUCUCGGGUGCUUCACCCUGGCACUCAGUAGCGUUUCUAAAGGGCCGUUCUGACAUGCCGAAGCUACGAUGCUCGCGUGCACAGACUCGUUACUUCGAGCCGUGGUCCAUGUGGUUUCUGGAGACGGAAGUACUGACACUUGCACGAUCACACCACUUGAUAGACCCGAAAGAAUAAGAAUGUCCUGAUCAGGAAAACUGCAUUGUCUCGAAGGGGCAUGGUGGCCGAUGCAUGUACAGCUGCACGUGGACAAUUCUCCGUGCGUUUUGGAGCACCG